AUGAUUCUGACGCAGGAAGAGAUCGAUGCGUGCCGCGAGUCGUUUGUCCACUUCGACAAGGAUGGCAGCGGCACAAUCGACAAGUACGAGCUGUCGAAAGUGCUGGAAGCCAUGGGUCAGAAACCCACUGACGAGGAACUCUUUCAAAUGAUCGCCGAAGUGGAUAAUGACCACAGCGGGGAGAUCGAGUUCGCCGAGUUCCUGCAGGUAAUUGAGGCGCAGAAGCUUCGUGCUGCUCAGUUUGACGACGAGUCCGACUUCAUUGAUGCCUUCGUGGCCUGCGGAGGCAACCCCGACAAGAGUGGCCAUGUUGAGCGCAAAAUGUUAGUCCAGCUCAUCAAGAAAGACUUUGGUCUGCCUAUCGACAUCGACCGCAUGCUGGACGAGCUAGACACGGACGGGAGCGGAGAAAUUGAGUACGAUGAGUUCAAGGCGCUGCUCUCGUAG